AUGCCGAAAAAGAAAGAAGAGAAGGUAAGAAAGAAAUCAACUGCAGAACAAACACCCGAAGAAUUGAAGGCGCAACUCGAGGAUUUAAAAUCACAAUUUAAUUCCGAAAAAACUACUCUUUCACUUGCAGUACAAACUCUUACCAAAAAAGUAGAGAGAAAGACCGAGGAAUGUCAACGACUCGAGCAGAAAAUUGCAGAGUUAAAAUUAAUAAUAGAAGCAAGAAUUCAGGAUAAUAAGGCAAUUUUGGAACAAUUUGAUAUUGAUAGAAGAAAAUCGGAACAAUCAGUAGAGCAUUUGCAAAAAGAAAAUGAUAAUUUAUUACAAAAACUUAGUGAAAUGAAAUAUCAUUAUGAGACCACAAUCUUUGAGAUAAAUCGAACGAAAGAUAAAGAAAUUAUAGAGUUGAGGCAUUUGCUGAACGCCACCAAGCAUAAUGAAACACAAGUAGAAGAUAUUCAGAAACUGAAAAACGAAUUGGAAAACGAGAAUUCAUCUUUAAAAAAGCAGAUACGACGACUGAAAGACGAACAUUUUGUUGAAAUUAUGAAAAUGAAAAAGACUUUUGAAGAAGAGUUGAAAGCUCAAGAACAAAAUUUAAUAGAAGGUUUCACUUCAGAAAAACAAGCAAUCAUCAAAUCAACAGAUGAACAUUUAAGUAAGAAAACACUACAAACCAUGCAAAAAAAUCAACAAUUGAAAGAAAGAAUUGAACAUAGUACCCAAGAGGCUGGAAAAAUAAUAUCUGAAAAUAAGCGACUAGAAGAAGAAAACAAACAAUUAAGACAUGAAACAAACAUGGAAAAGAUUGGAAUGGAUGAAAUGCAAAAGAAAUUAGCAUCCUAUCUCAAAACGAUUAAAUCUCUCUCUCAAAAGAUUAAGGAAAUGGAAGCGCAAAAACACAUCGAUACACCCACCAGAGAAAAGUAUAAAAAUUACACUCUCGAAGAAAUGAAAAAAUUGGCAGAAGAAAAAGAUUUGGAACUGGCAAGUGCUCGAAAGGAAAUUGAAACUCUCAAAGAUCGAUUAGAUUUGUAUAAAAAGUCCAUGGCCAAGUAUGAAGCACAAAUUCAAACAGAAGAUGAAAUUGGAAAGUUUAUCCUUCAAGUGAUGAAUGAUAUCAAAUUAGGUUAUUGGAAAGAGAAGGGAGAAGAAACUCGAGAGGUCUACAAUAAGAAAAAAGGAGAUCAAUGGAAACCAGAAAAAGAUGUCAUACCCAUGAAUUUAACCAAAUUAUCAGUACAAGAGAGAGAAACAUUAUUCAGCUUUUUACUCUCUAAAUUACACACAUUUGAUAGAAAGAACAUUCGAAAAGAGGGAUCCACGAAUGAUUUACUUGCUUCUAGUGGUGGUCAGAGUGGUGGUCAGAGUCAGAGUGGUGGUGGUGGUGGUGGACAUCAUCAUUCAAAGUCUUCUCCCUCCCUCAACUGCUCUCCAUCUCCAGCAGUGAAUGCCAGUAAUAAUACCUCCUCUCCAACCACUUCCCCAACCACUCACCACCUGACAUCCAGUAGUGGUGAUGCAAUUCCUGGAGGAGAAGAAGAAGCAUUUACUCUUCCUCCCAUUCAUCAUCAUGUGAGCUAUAAACAACGACUUGCAGAAUUUAGAAAGAAAACAGAAAAGUAUUAA